AGACGUCACUUCCGCCUCCUCCGUAGCUGAAGAAGAUGGCGGCCGUCAUGGAGAGAGUUGAUGGAUGUGUUGGAUCUGCGGACCCGGACGCGGUGUCGCUGAGACAGUCCAGCUCCCCACAGGAGCAGCCGCACCAGAACAACCCCCUGCUUGGUCUGCCCAUCGUGGCCAUCGAGACCAUCCUGAACUUCCUGUCCUACGAUGAGAUCAGCAUGCUGCGCUCGGUUUGCAAACGCAUGGACAUGAUCUGCCAGCGUGUUCUAAACCAGGGCUUCCUGAAGGUGGAGAGGUACCACAGCCUGUGCCAGAGACAGGUCAAAGCUCAGCUGCCCAGGCGGGAGUCGGAGAGGAGAAACCACUCGCUGGCCCGUCAUGCUGACAUCCUGGCUGCUGUGGAGACGCGCCUCUCUCUGCUUAACAUGACCUUCAUGAAGUAUGUGGACUCCAACCUGUGCUGCUUCAUACCUGGAAAGGUGAUCGAUGAGAUUUACCGCGUGCUGCGCUACGUGAACUCCACCAGAGCCCCCCAGCGAGCCCAUGAGGUCCUGCAGGAGCUGAGGGACAUCUCCUCCAUGGCCAUGGAGUACUUUGAUGAGAAGAUCGUUCCUAUCCUAAAGAAGAAGCUUCCAGGGACUGAUCUGUCUGGACGUCUCAUUGGUUCUGCACCAGUGGCCGGACCCUCCACGUCGUUGACCACCAUGUCGCUGCUGGCUAAGAACACCCCCUCCCGCUCAGAGAUGACCAAGGUGCAGCAGCAGGUGAAGGUGAACGGCGCGUCGAUGACGGUGCUGCGGCGGGAGAUGCAGGAAAUCCGGGUGAAGCAGCUGGAGCAGCAGAAGCAGCUUCAGGACCAGGAGCAGAAGCUGCUGGAGCAGAGCCAGGUGAUCGGCGAGCAGAACGCCCGCCUCGCCGAGCUGGAGCACAAGCUGAGGGAACUCAUGGACAGCAGCGCCGCCGCCAUGGGCGAGCCCAGCUCCUCCACAACCUCUGCCUCUGCCCCGUCCUCCUCCUCCCCCGCUGCUGGCACGCCGGUGGGCGGCGCGGCCCCGCAGGCGGAGGGCGGCUCCUCGCUGAAGCGCAGCAGAAAGAGCUCCGACCUCCCCCGACAAUCCAAGCGGCUGCGCAGCAGGAAAUGACUCCUCCUCACCAUGUAGAUGUAGUCGUCAGUUUUCCACACUCCGUAUCCAUCCGCCUCCUCCCCCGCCCCUCACCUCGUGUCACAGACACCUCCUGUGGCGUUUGGACUUUUGACCUCUUCUGAUACUUCCUGACCUACACAGCUGCAGCCCCGAGGCCGCGGGCCUGGACUUUGGACUGCAGGGUUGACGUCAGGUCAGGACGUCCCUCAGAGGACCGUUGGACAGUGCUC